UCAUUAACGUGUUUGGGACCGUUCUCCGUUCGCGAGAGGCAGUUGAGAACCUCCUCGCCGCGGAAGCGGACUUCACGAGAAAGGACACCCGAAACAAGUAGAGGCUGCCAAGGGAGUUAAGGUCUUCACGGAAAGCAGCCCGACUGAGCAGAGGCGGUGGUGAAUCUCCAGCCCCCAGCCCCUCUGCCUGCAGAGAGGCCUGGGACUCCCAUACGGCCUCGGAGGGCUCGUGGUGAAACGUCUGUAAUGCUGCGGUCCUGCCCACGGGUCCGGAGACAGUCUCAAAUGGUCGACCGCAGUUAUCCCCGGGUGCCCUUUGCUUACUGACUGAGAGGAACGGCAGCGAAUGUAUCCAUGACCGCUCUGUAUUCCGGUGAAGUUUCAUUACAGUCCCACCCACGUACGUCGAGAAACACACUGGCAUUUGCCUCACUUUUGUACGGAUGGAGGACAAAUAAACUUAACAACGGCAACGCCACUGGUGUCCUUCGAACUCAGCCGUGGCGUCACACGGAUGUCGUACAGGAAUUGUCUGGAGGGAGAUUCGGAUCUCCAGUUCCUGCUGGUCGGCGGGACCCUGGUCAAGAUUCGCUCGACCACCUGGAAGAAGCUCCGCUUCUUCAGGCUGCAGGAGGACUGCAAGACCUUGUGGCACGAGUCCCAUAAAAUGUUGAAGAAAAAUCAGACGUUCUCCAUCGACGACAUUGAUUCCGUGCGCAUGGGCCGUCAGUCCGAGGGGCUUAAUAAACACACCAACCCUGGGGAAGAGGAGCUGUGCUUCUCCAUCAUCUUCAAGGGCCGCAAGAAGAUCCUUGACCUGAUGGCACCCAGUGGGCAGGAGGCCAAUCAGUGGGUCAGCGGCCUGAACAAGAUCAUCAGCAACAUGCGCAACCUCAACCGCCAGCAGAAGAGUGAGCACUGGAUUAUCAACUGCAUGCGCAAAGCAGACAAGAAUGAGGACAACAAGAUGAACCUGAAGGAGCUGAAGCACUUCCUGCGACAGAUCAACGUCGAAGUUGAUGACACUUACGCAGAGGAAAUAUUCAAGACAUGUGACAAGUCCUAUUCCGGAUCCCUGGAAGGCCCGGAGAUCAAGCACUUCUAUGACCUGCUGACGCAGCGGGAGGAGAUAGAUGUGAUUUAUGGGAAUUACGCUCAAACAGAGGGUCAGAUGAGCACCAGAGACCUUCAGAACUUCCUGCUGAAUGAGCAGAGGGAGCAGGCGUCCAUGGAGGACGCUCGCAGGCUGAUCGAGAAGUACGAGGUGGAUGAAACAGCGAAGCGGAAGAAGCACAUGACAAAAGACGGCUUCAUGAUGUACAUGCACCAAGACGAGGGGUCCAUCCUCAACCCAGUCCACAAGCAGGUGUACCAGGACAUGAGCCAGCCCCUCAACCAUUACUACAUCUCCUCCUCACACAAUACAUACCUGAUGGAGGACCAACUCAAAGGGCCCAGCAGCACGGAGGCCUACAUAAAAGCACUCAUGAAGAGCUGCCGCUGCGUGGAGCUGGACUGCUGGGACGGGGCGAACGGAGAGCCCGUCAUUUAUCACGGCUACACGCUCACAUCCAAAGUGCUCUUCAGAGACGUCAUCAAAGCCAUUAAAGACUAUGCCUUCAAAACAUCUGACUACCCGGUGAUCCUGUCCCUGGAGAACCACUGCACCGUGGACCAACAGAGGCUCAUGGCCCAUCACUUGAUCUCCAUCCUGGGGGAGGCUUUGGUCACAAAGCCUCUGGGCAACGGCAUGCCCACUGACUUCCCAUCACCUGAGAAGCUGAAGGGCAAGUUCCUCAUCAAGGGGAAAAGAAUGAACAAGCUGGACGCUGCCUUCACCAACAGCAACAGUCUCGAGGAAGACACCGUGUCUGAGGAGGAUGAGGCCGAAGAUUGUAAGGAGAAUGGACAGAAAGCCAAAUCUAAGAAAUCAAAGAUCAAACUUGCCAAGGAACUCUCAGACUUUGUCAUCUACUGUAAGAGUGUCCACUUUAACAGUUUUGAACACGCCAAAGACAACCAGGCCUUCUAUGAGAUGUCGUCCUUCAAGGAGAGUAAAGCUUUCAUCCUGGCAGACACCUCAGCUACCGCCUUCAUGCAUCAUAACAUGGACAAACUCAGUAGGAUCUACCCAGCAGGCUCCAGAACGGACUCCUCUAACUACAACCCUGUGCCCAUGUGGAACGUUGGCUGCCAGAUCGUGGCGUUGAACUUCCAGACUCCCUCCAAAGAGAUGCACAUUAACCAGGGGCGUUUUCUUCCAAACGGUUCUUGUGGCUACGUCCUGAAACCGGAAUUCCAGAGAAAUUUGUCCUCUCAGUUCGAUCCCAACAUGCUGACCAAAGGGCCCUGGCUUAAGAGGAAGACCUUUCAUGUCAUGAUCAUCUCAGCUCAGCAGCUACCGAAGAUCAACAAGGACAAGCACAGAUCCAUUGUGGACCCUCUGGUUAGGGUGGAGAUCUCCGGUGUGCCAGCAGACAACGCCAGCAAGGAGACACACUACAUUGACAACAAUGGGUUCAACCCCAUGUGGAAUGAGAGCUUCAAGUUUAACAUCCACGUCCCAGAACUGGCCAUGGUGCAAUUUGUGGCGGAGGACUAUGACGCAACAUCCCAGAAUGAUCUCAUCGGGCAGUACUCUCUACCGCUCACCAGCGUACAAAACGGCUAUCGCCACGUGCCGCUGCUCACCAAGAGAGGUGACAUCAUUUGCUCCGCCGGACUAUUUGUGCAUCUCAUGCUCCUUGACGCCAAGUAGACCCGUAUGUGGAAAAGCUUCAUGCCAGGAACAGCUUUUCUUUCUUUUUUUGUCUUCCAAGCCAAAGCUGCUGACUCACAGUUGUCUGUAACAUUUUCCUGUUAUUGUAUAAUUUUUUGGGGCUUUUUAAAUAGUGGCUGUGAGCUCCCGAAUGGCGACGAAAUGAGAAUAGAUGAAAAUGGAAAUAAUUUAAAGAGAGAUAUUAAGCUGUGUUUGCCUUAUUUGGGCAGAAGUACCUUAUUUGGAAGAGUAAUGUGUGAGACUUCACGUUUCCCUUCAGAAUCGCACAGGCCAUAACUCAUGGAAAUAGUGUUUUUGUCCCGCGACCCAACGAGCACUGUUUGGAACACCCUGAUUGGCCGGCUGCCUCCGCGGCCCAAUCCCGGAUAAGCAGAAGAAGAUGGAUGGAUGGAUGAAUAGAUGGAUGGAUGGAUGGAUGCUUGAGUCUUUAUUUAGAUUCUCUCAAUUGUAUUACCAUAAUGAUGUUGGCCCCCUGGAGUCUGUAGGAGCAGUAUGGUAUCAAAGGGAAGGUGUGUCUCUGUGCACGUGUUCAGUUGUCUAAUCCUUUUUUUGUAACGUCAGUGUGAUUAAUAUUUCUUUCAAAAGGACUAAAAAUGCUUUAUAAAUUCCUUUUGUUGAGUGUUGGUAUGAAAAUAAUAUUUACUGUAUAAUACAUGAAUCUGGUCUGGACAUAUUGACCCUUAAUUCAUUAAAUGCAAUAUUUUGUGUCAAGAAAAACCCAUAUAUUUUAAAGAACCCGUCUUCUUCUUUUUUACCACCUGAUGUAAAAAAAAACUGUCCUUCCAUGACAAAUAUAUAACUUCAGUGCCUUAUCUGCAUUUGCACUAGAUCUCAAAUAAAACUCUGAUAGUCUUCUGA